AUGGAGGCUGUUAGAGUUCAGAUGUUCAUGCCCUGCUCCUUUGACAGCUUCUAUCUGCACAAUUCCGAGCAUCCUGGCGCUUCCAAGCCUCCCUUAAGCUCCUCCAGCAUGACCUCACGAAUCCUGCUACGCCAGCAGCUCAUGCGUGAGCAGAUGCAGGAGCAGGAGCGUCGGGAGCAGCAGCAGAAGCAGCAAGCAGCCCAGUUCAUGCAGCAGCGUGUGCCCGUCAGCCAGACACCUGCCAUCAACGUCAGCGUCCCCACCAGCCUGCCCCCUGCCACCCAGGUGCCCAUGGAGGUCCUCAAGGUGCAGACUCACCUUGAGAAUCCAACCAAGUACCACAUUCAGCAAGCCCAGCGGCAGCAGGUAAAGCAGUACCUCUCUACCACUCUAGCAAACAAACAUGCCAACCAAGCCCUGAGCUUGCCAUGUCCAAACCAGCCCGGUGACCAUGUCAUGCCGCCUGGAACUGGAAGCAGUGCACCCAACAGCCCGAUGGCAAUGCUCACCCUCAACUCCAACUGCGAGAAGGAGGGAUUUUAUAAAUUUGAAGAGCAAAGCAGGGUUGAGAGUGAGUGCCCGGCUCUGAAUACACACUCACGAGCAUCAUGCAUGCAGAUGGAUGAUGUGAUCGAUGACAUAAUUAGUCUGGAGUCAAGUUACAAUGAAGAAAUCCUUGGCCUGAUGGACCCAGCCCUGCAAAUGGCAAAUACGUUACCUGUGUCUGGCAAUUUGAUUGACCUUUAUGGCAACCAAAGCAUGCCUCCUCCAGGACUAAACAUCAGCAACUCAUGUCCAGCUAAUCUUCCUAAUAUAAAAAGGGAGCUCACAGAGUCAGAAGCGAGAGCCUUGGCUAAGGAGAGGCAGAAGAAAGACAAUCACAACUUGAUUGAACGAAGAAGAAGAUUUAAUAUUAAUGACCGUAUAAAAGAACUAGGCACUUUGAUACCCAAGUCAAAUGACCCGGACAUGCGCUGGAACAAGGGGACGAUUCUGAAGGCCUCGGUGGACUACAUCCGUAAGCUGCAGAGGGAGCAGCAACGCACAAAGGAGCUUGAGAACAGGCAGAAGAAGCUGGAACAUGCCAACAGGCACCUGCUGCUCAGAAUACAGGAACUCGAGAUGCAAGCUCGGGCACACGGACUGUCCCUCGUCCCAUCUACAGGCCUUUGCUCCCCUGAUAUGGUCAACAGGGUCAUCAAACAAGAGCCAGUGCUGGACAACUGCAACCAGGACCUCCUGCCGCACCACACAGACCUGUCCUGCACCACCACCCUGGAUCUCACCGACGGCACCAUCACCUUCAGCGACAACCUGGGGAGUGUGACUGAGCCCGCCGGCACCUACAGCGUCCCUGCCAAGCUGGGAUCCAAACUGGAAGACAUCCUGAUGGACGAUACCCUGUCCCCCGUGGGAGUGACUGACCCCCUACUCUCCUCCGUCUCCCCGGGGGCGUCCAAGACGAGUAGCAGGCGGAGCAGCGUGAGCAUGGAGGACACCGACCACGCCUGUUAG